AUGGUGUGGGCGCUGCUGGGCGCGUGGGCCUUCCGCGCCACCGAGGGCCCCCACGAGCGCCAGCGCGCCAGCGGCGUGCGCCUCGAGCAGCAGAAGCUGGCCGACGAGCUGGCGGAGGCCGCGCGCCGCCUGGCCGAGGACGGCGGCGCCUGCGGGGACGACACUGCGUGGCGCGAUGCCGCGCAGACGGCGUGGCGCGCCGCCGCCAGGCAGUACGUGGUGCGCCACGAGCAGAUGCUGCUGGACGCCGUGGACGACGGCUUCGGCGAGGGCGGCGGCGGCUACAUCUGGACCUUCUCCGGCUGCCUGCUCUUCGCCGUGUCGCUGCUCACCACCCUGGUUUAA